UCCAUGUCAGCCAAGGCUGAAACCAUCUUUAAGACCUUCCUGGCCCCCGGCGCCCCCCGUUGGAUCAACAUUGAUGGCAGGACCAUGGGUCUGACGGUGAAAGGCCUGGAGCAUCCUCACCGAUACGUCCUGGAAGCUGCUCAGACUCAUGUCUUCAUGCUGAUGAAGAAGGACACUUUCUUCCGUUACCUCAAGUCACCAACAUACAAGGAGAUCCAGAAGAAGGCGCUGAACCCUGAACCCCAUAACUUCAGUCCAGCCCAGCUGGAGCAAAAUGCUCAGAGCCGGAGCCCAGGCGUUCAUCCCAUCAUCCUGUGGCAGCAAGAGGAGGAGGAGAAGGCCAAGGCUGCAGCUGCCGCUGUUCCAGUUGAUGUCAAAGCCGUGAUGAGCAAAAUAGACCGGAAGAAAUAGUCAUAACAAUAAACCAAGGAUCAUAAACAUAAAUAAUAAUAAUAUUGGAAGUUAGACGUAGUUCAGUUUAUUGCUCUUAUAGUUUUCACGCUAGAUGAAAUAACAUGAAAAAAUUUAAAGACAACCUUACUUU